CUGUGCGGUCGGAACGUAACGAUCGAGGUCGCGCUCCGUGGUAGCAGUCGUCGUCGUCGUCGUCGUCGUCGUAGUCGUAGUCGUCGCACUCCAGGUUUCCAUCCCCGUCGGAGAAUCGGAUCACUCCGCGAGGCCGAGGAGCGGAUCAGCUGGAAAACUGGGGGUGAACCAACCCCCGGCCACGCCGCUUAAUGCAAUAACGGGAAGGGUGGAUCGAUGUGGCGCCGGCUCGAGUCGGGCCUCCCCCUCCCUCGCUCUUCUCGUGCGCAUCCAGUGCACCGACACCCUGAGAACAACGAGGGGUCCAGUGAACUCUGGGAGCCGCUUUCGCACCCUUGACUCAACUGCACCUCAACCUUCCAAGGACCAACCUGCGCCCGCUGACGAAGACCUCGCACCUGGUUCAUGAAUGCGAUUAUCGACUGGGCGGGUCUGACGUUACCUGCCGCGUAAAACUCGCGGUUUUUAAAUAUCUACCCUAGUUGUUGUUGAACCGGUUGAGAUACGGUCGGAUGGACAUGCCGUCGAAGAGGAAAUAACCGGCGGGAUUAUUCACUCACCGGUACUUUUUAUCGCUGCCAUUAUAUUCUGAGGAUGAAUAAUUACUGUGGGAAAGAUUCCGUCGUCAGUGACUCGACAGUUCGUCAUGCACACGUAAACGAGGGGAUGAGAGCGACGGGUUGUCUCGGCGCCGGAAUAACGAGAGCUGAACCUUCGAUUCGGGGAUCGGUUAGCUUUCUUGCCGAUUCGAGGCGGCGCUAUAUCGAGGGGUGGAUUUCGGGGUGCUCGAACCGCGGUUUUUGAGACCUACGCCGGCAUGUCGGAUCGUCGUAUGAGAGUUUCGGGUACACGUGAGAUCAAUAAGGGCUUAGCUUGGCGGGCAUCAGCGCUGGCGAUCCGGUCGUAGAUGGUGAAGAAUCUCGUUCUUGGACAAGCAGCACCUGUUAUAUCCAGAUUCGUGUAACCACCCACCGUACCUACCACGUGUGGCGGUGUAAAGUGUGUCAUAAAAAUCCAAUUACCGCCCCCCCGCUUGCAGUGUUUUUUCGUUACUGAUCAACGUCGAUGAGCUGAAUCCCGAUGACAAAUACGAUGCAUUUUAACGACGUACGACUGCUUGUGUUCCUAGCAGGCAUAGCCUGCACUCUCUUGGGAUGCUGCCAAACAGAUGAAAAAGUAUCGUUCUAUGGAGCGAGUUACAUUCACCUCCCGGUCCAGGAAGCGCGGGGUGCAUCGGACGUCAGUUUCAAAUUUCGAACGCAUUUACCCGACGCAAUGUUGCUCCUGGCCGCUGGGAAGACCGACUACUGUUUGGUGAAGCUGGUUGCCGGUCGACUGAAGGUUCACAUCAACCUUGGAGCUGGCGAGAGUGAGAUAGCCAGUCCACGAGGGCUCACCUUGAACGACCUCAGCUGGCACGAGGUGAACCUGACGCGGAGGGAGGCUAACAUCACCCUCCAGAUAGACGUAAUACACGCGACCCGGUCGGUCCUACCCGGCCGGUUUUUCGAACUCAACAUUCACUACGGUGUCUACAUUGGAGGGCAGGGCGACUUCAACGAACUAUUUUUAGGCCAUACGGAGUAUCUAAGGGGUUGCAUGGCGGACAUACACUACAACGGUGCGAACGUCGUGGAGUCUGCAAGGCUGAGGAAGGGUCAGUCGGUGGCAACAGGCGUUGCCUGGGGGUGUUCAACCGAGUUUGACGCGAGCCGAGAUACGGAGAUAAGUUUUGUUGAGGAUGGAGCAUUCACAGCGAUUCCCAAACCGAUACCUCGGACUGGUACGAGAUGGGAAUUGGACUUGAAAACUGUCACCGAGAGCGGACUGCUUCUCUACAACGCCGGGCAAUCUCUUCGCGCCGAUUAUCUCGGAGUCGAGAUAUACGAGAGAAAGAUACGACUGUUGAUGAACACCGGAAACGGGCCGACCGAAUUGAUACACGGCACGACAGUGGCCGACGGGAAGUGGCACCAUGUAAUCGUCGAAUUCGACCCGAACGUCAUCGGGAUCAGCGUCGAUUCUUCGGCGAAAACUCUGGCGCUGCCCAAGGGCAGCAGGUACCUUGAUCUAGCUGGUACCUUGUACAUCGGAGGAACGGAACUCAAUCAGAGAGCCAAGGCACUUGGCAAAGGGCUCAAGUCCGGAGACGUUAGUUACAAGGGGUGUAUCAGGAAGAUGCUACUCGACAACAAACCCCUCGGACUUCCGGACGUCAAGGUCAGCCAGGGCAUCGUCGUCGGAUGUGUUUGGGGAUUCCCCUGCGUCGAGGCCGAACCCUGCGUCGAUGGCGCUUCUUGCUCCCAGCUUGGCGUCAACUCGUUCAAGUGCUCGUGUGACCAGGCACUGUGUAUUAAACCAAGCUAUGCCGAGGACUACAAGGUGUACUCAAGCGCAAACCUUCCAGUGGAUUUAGAAAUUCUAUCAUUAAGCCCUUUGAUGGUAUCCGAGGGUGAUCACGUUCUCGUAACAAGUCAGAACAUCGCAAUGAUCUUAGAUAUAGCAAAAUACGGAGUUGAAGAAACGGGCGUUAUUUUUACCCUGAUCACACCGCCGUCGCACGGAACCCUGGCCCUCGAUCUUCUCAAUACCAAAUCCGACCAUACCUUCACUCUGCAAGAAAUAAACCAAGACAAGAUCCAGUACAUGCACGACGGCAGCGAGAGUACGGAGGACAGCAUGAUUCUUGAGCUGAAACUACUCGCUGGUGCCAGCUACACUUUGCCAGGUUAUUUACAGGGUCGCCUGAGGUUCCCACUGCACGUAAACGUCACCCCCGUUAACGACCCUCCACUCUUGGAGAUUCCUACUGCAAAAGUCCUUCGAUUGGCUCAAGGAACAAGAAAAGUACUCAGCAAAGAACUAGUGUGGGCUGUAGACGCCGACACGCCACUUCAAAGCCUUGUUUACACCGUUCUUCGAGGAGACAUGGAUGCAGGACAUGUGGAACGUUUGACUUAUCCAACAAAACCGAUCGACAGCUUUUCUCAGGCGGAAUUGCAACAGGGACUAAUCGCCUAUGUUCACAGAGGGAAUGCAAAAUCGAACGCGAUGCUCGGACUCCAGGUGAGCGACGGUAUCGAGAGCAGUCAGCCAGCUUAUUUGAGAGUCUCAGCGUACCCACUGCAAAUAAAGCUUCAAUAUAAUACAGGCUUAGUGGUGGUCCAUCGGUCGUUUUCUCAUCUGACGCCGGCGAAUCUAUCCUUCAUAACAAACUCCGAUGAUUCCAGUAUCGAAAUACGGUACGACAUUGUUAGUCCGGCACAGUUUGGGACAAUACAAAAGUUCAAGGACGUCUCCGGCUCCUGGAGCAAUGUCGAUCACUUCACCAGCAAGGAUGUUGAGCUGGACUGGGUGCGGUAUCUUCAUAACGUAGGCAGCCCAUCUCAGGAUGAGUUUAAGUUUCAAGCAAGCGUAAGGGAGGUCAGAACUCAGCAUACCUUCGACUUCAGGAUCACGUUCAUUGACCUGGAAUUGAAAGAGUCCAGGCGACUGCCCGUAAAUUUUACCAAUUCCAUCGAGGUUGUUGUAGGCUCGCAGAAUCUGAAAUUUCAAACGAACCCCUUGACCACCCCAGUCAAUAAGAUCGUAUUCACCAUUGAGGAAUCACCAAAGUAUGGGGAACUGUUUUUGACUAAAAAAGCAGUGUUGAAAGGCGAUACAUUCACCCAGGAAGAUCUCGACGCCGGAAGACUAAGAUACAAACUCCUAAGGAAAUCUUUCUCCAACAUCAACGAUGAGAUGGUGUUCAGAGUGAAGGCGCCACAGUGCGUGGAGAUCGCGUCCUCACUUCUUAUCAGAUACAGCCUGCAGAGAAACGGAAACGGACCUGAAACGGUCAACAGAUUAAGGGUGAACGAGGGAGGCAGCGUACCAUUGAAGAUAAUGCGUUUCGAUGGUAAAAAUUACGGCGUUACUUCGCUAACUUACAACGUAACGGUCACCCCUUUACACGGCUGGCUAAAGGUCGUCAAUGAUACAUUUUAUUCAAACCCGAGGCGAAAUGCUACGUAUUUCACGUCCAGCGAACUGGCCGCCGAGCUUGUACACUAUGUUCAUGAUGAUACGGAGACUCCGGAGGAUACUUUUGCGUAUGUGGCCAUUUCCUCAGAGCGAGAGAACUUCAUGUACGUAGGCAAUUUUCACGUUGAAGUGGCAAUGAGAAACGACAAUCCGCCAACACGACUCAACGCCAGAGUGUUUCACGUUGUUCUCAACGGCGAACGAAUUCUCACUAACAAAGUACUCGAGUACAUUGACGCUGAUCUCGAUACGAAACCUUCGGACAUCGUCUACUCGAGGCGGGACGCGGCAAACGGGGGACUCUACAAAGUGACCAAUCCUCCGGUACAAAUAUACGAAUUCACGCAGCAGGACGUUAACCGGCAUCAAAUACUCUUCAGACACCAUGGCGAGGAGACGGGAAAAGUCGAGUUAGGUGUCACCGACGGGCAUUUCUACACCGCUGGAGUCCUCGAGGUCCAGGCGAGCCCGCCGUAUGUUAAUCCUGUACCAACCAAUAGCUCGGUGGUCAAAUUUAACGAAUCGACGACUCUGACUACAGCGGUGCUUCAGAUUGAGACAAACGUGAAUGCCAAUGACAGCGAGAUAAUUUACACCGUGAUAGAGAAACCGAGACACGGUGUGUUGCUCAAACGCGACAAGGAGACGACUACGUUCACUCAAGAUGAUCUAGCUCACGGAGAAGUUAGCUAUAAACACCAAGGUGGCUCCCUGACCAAAGAUAGCUUCAAGUUUCGCGUUUCCGCAAAAAAAACUGAGGCUGAAGGCCAUCUUACCGUCAAAGUUUACCCGGAGAGCUAUUGGGAACCACUCAUCGUCGCCAACAAUCAAACGGUUCUCGUCGAGGAAGCGACGAGUGUUCUGCUGUCUAAGAAACACCUGGAAGUUAUGCAUCCAAAAAUAUCCCCGGGUCAGAUAACAUAUCUGGUUAAAGAAAGACCUCGAUUUGGAAAUCUUGAACUCCAGUCUCCUGAUCAGGAACACAGCGACGAGGCUAGGGACGAUUACGUUGUCACCAGCUUUGAGCAAAGUACUAUUAAUGAGGGUAAACUGCACUAUGUCCAGUCGGAACCGAACCAAACUCAGGACAGCUUUACGUUUGACGUUACAAAUGGGAUAACGUGGCUCCGAGACCUCGCCCUCAACUUCGUUGUCAUCCCUGACAAGAUGUACCUAGCAAGCGGGAACUUGAGUGUCGUCGAGGGAAAGAGCGUCGUUUUAGACGAGUCAGAUUUCCCAGUGAUAACGGAAUACUAUGCGGGAAAGGUGACGGACUACAGAGUUAUUGAAAAACCAAAGCACGGUACCCUGAUUGAUUCUACGAAAAAUUCACUGGUGAAGAAGUUUCCGCAAAAACACCUUGCUGCUGGUGUCAUAAUGUAUCGACAUUCGGAUGAUGAAACUCUGAACGAUAGUCUUAGACUUGUCGCCAUUGCCGGUGAAAAAACCAGCGAACCCUUUGAGCUUGGAUUCAAAGUAAUUCCCGUUAACGACGAAAUUCCGUUUCUGGUUAAUAAGACCACUUUGAAUGUAUGGCAAGGUGGCUCUGUCUUUAUAACGUCCAAGAAUCUUGCUACUCUUGAUAACGAUACUGAACCGGCAAAUUUACAGUAUCAUGUAACCAGCAUCAGAAAUGGAUUUAUCUCACUGAAGCAGUUUAAGAAAUUGGAAAUUCGUAAUUUUACUCAACAGCAUAUCAACAACAUGGAAAUAAUGUUCACACAUACGAACGAAUCAGAUGCUGAAUUUAUCUUCACGAUUGACGAUGGGGUUCAUACUACAAGUAACUACACGAUGCUGGUUGUAACGCGAGAAGUCCGUCUCUCGGUGAAGAACAAUAAUCCAUUAAACGUGUUUCCAUUAACAAGGAAACCGAUAUCUGCGGACCUACUCUUUAUUGAUAGUACGGAUGGCAAUCGUAAAAUAAAAUACAUUGUCAGAAGCGGGCCGCAUCUCGGGAGGAUAAUCAUGGAAACGAGCGAGGGGAUAUGGCUCGAGGUUGACAGGUUUUCUCAGAGCGAUUUAAAUCACAGCAAAGUAAUUUACGAACACACCAAACAAUUCAUGGAUCUCUCUGCCAACGACUCCUUCGUCUUCGACGUAGAGGCACAUUUCGCUAAGCCGGUACUGAAUCAGCUCUUUCAAAUUGAGAUAUCUGUAUCAAGCGGCGGACUUGACAGAUACAUAUCAGCCGAAAGCGUUCGCGUCGAGGAGGGAGGUUCGGGAAAGGUGAUAGUGAACGUUACCGGCAUUGUUAAGUUUCUGCAGGCAAAAGCUGGCCUUGAAAAUCCCACGGUAAUAACCAGACUUGCCACACAUCCUAGCCACGGCCACGUUAUGCUUUUACCAGACUUAAAUGUGACGACAUUCACACUGCCUGAAAUCGAAGGAGGAAAGGUAGCGUACUUCCAUGAUCACUCGGAUACGACGGAAGAUCACAUUCACUUCUCUGUGUACCUGACUCCGGGCCACAUUCUACUGUGUAACACGACUGUCCCAGUAAUUGUAACGCCGAUAAAUGACGAGCCUUUCAAACUCGUAACCAACGCGCCUUUCGUCUCUGUUGUAAGAAAUCAGAACCAGACAAUAACCAGAGAAAACUUGCUUACGACCGAUCCGGACACAGACCCUCAGGAACUAUCCUACGACGUUAUAUCUGGCCCAACUUACGGCAGGCUUCUUCUGCUUCCCCAAGAUCAAAAUUCAUCCGAAGUUCAUCAGGUGAACAAGUUCAGCCAGCACGAUGUUGACUCAAAUCGUCUCGUCUAUGAGCACUCCGGCCCGUUACAAGCGGCUUCGUUUUACUUUAGGGUAUCUGAUGGGAGAUUCAACCCGGUCUACAGGGUAUUAAACUUUCACGUUCUCCCAAUCCGUUUGAACGUAACUGUCGUCGGCCCUGUCAGCCUCCAGCAGGGCUCUAACGUAGCUCUGAUAUCAGAGGACAACAUAAAACUAGAAACUAACGCGAGGCAGGAUUUGGUCACCUACAAUGUAACAAAGGCACCGAAGUUCGGCACCAUAUACGUCAGGGACGCUGCGGCGGUUAGCUUCAGGCACACGGAUCUUCUGUCGAAGAGUGUGAUGUUCAUGCAGACCGACAUGACCGUGUCGAAUGAUAGCCUCGAGUUAGCGGCACAGCUGAGCGAUUUUGAGGCAAAACACGUCGUCAUCGACGUCAUUGUAGAACCAUUGAUGAUCGUGAAUCCCAUGGUGGCUAUAGCAGGGGAGAGAAAUCGGUUGGAUCUACGAUACAUGGACGCGACGCCACUGGCGAAGCUGACAAGUAGCAACCCGGUGUUCCUGGUGACGAGGAAACCGAAGUAUGCACGAAUUAAAAAGAUCAUCAGGAGUUCCGGAGAUAGGAAGGGCACGCGGGAACGAGAAGUGAGCAAGUUCGCCCAUCAGGAGCUGAUUUCGGGCCUGAUAUACGUUGUAUGUAAAAAAAUGCCCGCUCUGGAAAUCGAAGGGACACCCGACAGCUUCGGCUUUGUGCUGGCAGCAUCUAUAUUUCAGCCCGCGGCUGGCAACUUCAACUUCCGAAUAAAAUAUAACGUCGACGAUUUCAAUAUGACCUUAGGUAGUCCGAUGGACCCGGUUGGGCACGAGGGAGAAAUGGCAAUAGCCCCCAACAUGAGCAACGACUAUCUCCUCAUCCUGGGAAUGCUCUUGGGCGUUUUCCUCCUCGGCGUAGUCGUCAUAAUCACCAUAAGGUGUAGACACAAUCGGUACAAGCAUGCCGACGACAACAAGACCGAACCAUCACCCGGGGUUGGUGUAAUGCCGCUACCUAGACCACCCGAUCAUCUUAUGCCCGCCACUCCGCACCUCAAACGAUUCGGUAAUGAUCAUGAUGGCAUUACGGGAAGUAGUACCCCACUUCCAGUCCUACCAUCCAUGCCAGCCACUCUUCCUCAAUGCAAGGUAAUCCCUCUUAGCCCUUUGGACAGCAUCGCUGGCUCCGAGGUCGACGUCUCUUCGAGGUAUCCUUACGGUGUGCCGGACGGUGACGAGUGGAGCAGCUUUGACACUUCCGAUCUGCCGUGUCCCUCGGCUACCACACCUAGGGCCAAUCCGUUACUCAGGAGAAACCAGUACUGGGUAUAGCACAAGGCCUACUGUCAUAGACGUGACAAGUUUUUGCCUUUCACGCAGCUGAGACUUUCAUGAUGAGGUUUUGGCGAAGCGAGACGAAGUCCUACGGUGACGUCGUGCCUCAAGGAAAGACUUUUAAGUACACGAUACACGUGUGGAUACUGUUCUUGACUUUUGGUUCGGCUCGAUGAACGACCGAUUGACGAUUGUGGUCACUCGAAUGGUGCUGAUCGUAAAUCCGAACGAGAAAUAUAGACUUUCACAUAUUUACAUUUAAGGUUCUCAAUGUCAGGGAAAGGUACUCUGGCACGGGGUGGAUAUAAGGGAAAGGGUGGGAGGGUACUUCGAAAUUGACGAAAACACAUUAAAGGUAUCGUAAGAACGCACUGGCUAAGCAACCAAAGUAAAACUACGACUUAAGAUUUAGAUAAUGUGCCUACGAAGGUAGAGGUAAUUAAAAAUUAACACCUAAGUUAGCGUUAAUGAUGAUUAAAUAUACGUUAUAUAUACAUAUAAUAUAUCUAUAUUCGGUAGCUUUUUAAUGAACAUAUUAUUAUAUCUGCGUCGCAACGCGUUAACACCAAAAAUCUUUAACCGGAAAAAAGAGAAUGGAAAAUAUUAAUAUUAACGGUAAAAAUUGAUUUAACUGGGAAGUAAUGGUACAGUCCGCUCUUUCAAUAGUGCCCCGAUCGAAAUGCAUGUCGAUCUAUUUGAUACGAUAAUUCUUUUGCUAAAAUGAUAAUUGUACUAAGUAAUUUGUUAAUCUUGACUUAUGCACGCUUAGUAUUAUGGUUUGUGCAAACUGACUCAAAUAACAAAUUAUUUCAAACGUUUCAAAAGCUAUAUCAUUAAAUGAACGACUGCAUGUGUCAUGAUACGAGUUUAUAAAAGGCAAGUCGAUUUAUCGUAUGAAUAAAUAUUCCAAGCUAAAAUAGUUGUGGACAAUAUAGUUUUCUUUGAAAUUGAACAACAAAAUUAUCAUGAUAUGCGAAUUACGAAAUAUCUUCAUUCUGAUAAAAAAAAGAUUAUAAUUCAAGUACAUAUUUUAUAAUUCUUAUAUUACGAUAAUUUUGUUAUUUACUUUCAAAGAGUUUUCAUUGGCAGAGCGGACUGUAAUAAGCUCUGUUGAGUGUUAAAAUUGUUGUAAAUGUGUUCCAGUAUUAAAGCGUGUUAUAAAUAAAUUUAUGAAUGUUGACAGCGGGCAAAGCUGUUCACCAAGCACGUUUUGGCUUUGAAUCGCGAGAUAUUUAAAUUGUUGUUAGACGAUACUACUAAAAUAAUUAAUUGGUCGUAAGUUAAAAAUUCUCAAAUGUACUAUAAUACAAUAUAGGAUCUUUUUACUACACACGGUAGAAACAGACUUACUUCGAACAAGUAUCUAUGUGUAUACAAAAAUACUUCCUGAGCUAAGGAAAAGUGUCCCAAACUCUGUCCGAGACUAACUGAGGAGAAUUUCGAAAACAGAAUUAUAAUUUCAACGAAAUAUCAUUGGAAUCUUACUGUCGGAGUAAGUAAAAUCAAUUAAUGUGGUCAAACACGACGCAGAAGAACAAAUCAUCAAUAUAUUUUAAAUCAAGUAUGUUGACAAUUUUUUAUGUUUUUGUACAAAGAAAGUUUUAAUUUUUUACACUUUUCCUUGUAACGGUAGAAUAGCAAUCAAUAUUCACAUAGAUUAUGAUUGUUUUUAUCAUCAUCGUCAUCAUCGUUACUGUUAUUAAUAAUAAUUGUUCAAUACAUGUAAACCUAUACGUACACAUGUGUAUCCAUAGCCUAUGCGGAGAAAUUGCAAUACAAAUUUAUGCGCAUACGCUAUAGUGCAUUUGAAAUCAAAUAGGCUUUUUUACAAACUAGGUAUUGUCCAAAAUGUAGAUGAAGAAGAAGAGGAAGACAAUUAGCGCCCUACGAGUGCCAAAAUUAUAAAAUAACAAAUUAUUAUUUAUAGUGAUCAUCAUGCGACUGUACUCGAACCCUGUCCAUCAAUAUAAAAUAAGUAAUAAAACACGGUUUAAAAAAUUCUAA